UCGAAAACCGUAUCGAGAUUUCUCAUUCUCUCUCUGACUUGCGAGGAGGUAGGAGUAGUGUCAGGGCCGAACUUACCCUAUAGGUGUAUUAUCUGUGACAGGCAGGUGUUGUGACAAAUUAGAGCGGAAUUUUAUAAAAAAAGGACUCAUAUUUUAGACAAAAUGGCCUCUGUAACUCAUAAGUGUGUUUACGCGGGAUGUUUUGAAAGAAACGAUGGAACAAAUAAUAAUAUAUCUUUCUUUAAAUUUCCACUGAAAGACGUAGAGCGUACAAAAAUUUGGCAAAAAAACUGCGGGAACAUUGAUAUUUUAUUGAUGGAUAUCACUGACCUUAUACAGAGGGUAAUUUGCCAGCAUCAUUUUGCAGUGGAACAUAUUUACCAAAGUGGCCAAAGAAAGUUAUUAAGGAAAAAUGCUGUUCCUCUAAAAUUUACACAGUUAACAACUGAUUUAGGUGAUAUCCCACCAGUAUGCUCUACAUACGUUUAUUGCGGUACGAAACGUAAAAGAUCUACAAGUGACGAUUGUAUGGUUAGGUCAACUCCAUCGCCUAAGAGAUCAAGUAGUAGUCUCAGUGAUAUUUCCAGUUUUGAAAUUAAUUUGCCCACAAAACUUGAAACUGAAUUGACGGAGAAGGUAAAAAAAUUGAAGUAUCAAGUAAAUGCUUUAAAGAAGAAGUGCCACAAUCGAAAUUGUGAAAUAGCACAAACUGAUAAUUUAGAUUUAACCCACGAAGUAACCAGCGUCGAAAUAUCUGACGAGUCCAUUGAAACCCAAACAGUUCAUGUAGAACAAUCUUUAGACAUGCAAAAGGAAAAUAAUGACAACCAAAUUUUAAGCACGGCACAUUCCAGCAAAUGUAGCAUAACAAAUUUAGAAACGUGUGCUGUUACAUAUGUCGCUGGUUAUAUUUACUAUAAGAUUAUAAAGAACUUGAAUUGUGGUAAUGUAGCUAUCAUCAGGAGGAUCAAGCGACUACUAAUGGAAACGUUCAAGGAAAUUAAUCCUGAAGCACUAAAAAGAGGACUUAAAAUAAGUGAAACAAAAACCAAGUACAUGACCCUCAUAAGAACAUCUGACAAUGAAAAUAAUGCCGCAGUAGACAACUAA